UCACUCGCACAAACGGCGACACUUACCAGUCUAGCGAUAUUUUUGAGCUCAAGUUUGACGCCAAUAGUGACAGCGGCACCUUCUUACAAUCUCGGCGUUCUUUCAGAGUCUAAUAUAAAUAUUAUGGAGACGUGGGAGCAACCUUGCGGUACACCACUGGCUGCAUCUUUAAAACGAUCACCACAAAGGCAUAGUGUUCAUCGUGCUCUUAAAAGAGUAAGAAUACAACUGCGUGUUGCUCAAAAUCAUUUUCGUAAAGACCUCAAAGUUGUACACGAACUUUAUUCAAAGGUGUACAAAGUUUUAAGAGGUCAAUAUCAUCAAAGUUGGUUGCCAAAAAAUCAACUCGAGUGGUACUACAACGAAGUUUGGUGCAAAGAAAAGAGCAAAAAAGCAGAAUACGCGCUUCCAAAACUUCACGAUGCGCUUCAAAGAUUUGCAAUAACUUUUCAUCUAUUAAAACGAUUUCGGCUGAACUCAAAUAUCAACGUUGAGUAUACAAUGAACAAGCGGAAUGAUAUUAUGGCAGGAAUGCAGAAUGAAGUUCAUAGAGUGAAAACAGCGAUCUUAAACUUAGGCUUGCAACUCCCGCAAUCUCACAAAGCAAUAAUAGUAACAUCAAACUCAGAUUGGGCAAUGGAAGGCGACCUAACAUUGAUGUUAAUCCAAGAUUGGGGUGUUCUCCGACUGUACCAAGCAUUCUUAAACGAUUGGACCCGGGCCUUUCGCAACGCUACGGCUAUCGGGCCCGGAACUUGCGACCCGAAUGCAACGAAGCCCAUUUUCUACCGAGCGAAGCAGAAGAACCCGAAGAAGAAGCGACGAUUGAAGCCGAAAAAGCUGGACCCGAAUAAGAAAAAACAGAAUAUUAAGAGUAAUAUUAAUAUUAAUGAUGACAAUAAUAAUUUUAAUUCUACUACUGUUAAUAAUAGUAAUAAUAAUAAUAAUAAUAACACUAGUAAUAAUAACAAUAGAAGUGGUGUAGUUAGGAAUAAUGAAAUAGUCGUGGGAGUUAAUGGCAAAGUUAUUCAUUCUCGUAGACGAGGCGUUAGACAACGAAUGGCUAAAAAUAGACGAAAAAAAACUAGACAAUAA